ACGGACAACCAACAAGAUUUCUCACAACAAAUCCCCUUAGCUAAUAACGGCACCAGCGGUAUAGCUGUUGCUGGUUUCCUCGGGGGGGCCGCGGGAACCCUAGCCCUCCGGCGAUGUACCCGGCGGGAGCUGUCGCGGCCGCAGCGGCGGCGCCGGCGCGGCAGGCAGCGGUGCGGGUGGAGAAGGCAACGAGUCACCUGCUACUGGGCCCCGACUGGGCCGUCAACCUCGAAAUCUGCGACGUCAUCAACGCCGAUGUCUGGCAAACAAAGGAUGCAGUAAAGGCAGUGAAGAAACGGUUGCGAAACAAGGAUCCGAAGGUUCAAUACUAUGCUUUGCUGUUGUUGGAGACAAUGAUGAAGAAUUGUGGUGAAUAUGUUCAGUUUGAAGUUGCUGAACAGCAUGUUCUGCAAGAAAUGGUUAAAAUAAUCCAAAAGAAGAAUGAUAUGCAAGUAAGGGAUAAGGUAUUAUUACUUUUGGACUCCUGGCAAGAAGCAUUUGGUGGACCUGGAGGUAAAUACCCGCAAUAUCACUGGGCAUAUCUUGAAGUAAAGAGGACAGGUGUAGUGUUCCCAAGACAUCCCGUAGAUGCCCCACCAAUACUUACUCCUCCCGCAACACACAGUUCUCAAAACUAUGGUUCACCCAGGUAUGGUGCAGCAAGUUUGAAUGACAGAAUGUCCUCUGAUGUCGAUACUCUGAGUCUAGGGGACUUGAAUAAUAUUCGAAAUGUGACGGAACUACUGAAUGAUAUGGUGCAUGCUUUGAACCCAUCAGAUCUAAAGGCUGUUAAAGAUGAAAUCAUCACUGAUCUUGUGAGCAAAUGUCGCUCAAAUCAACAAAAGCUCAUGCAGUUUGUCAGCUCGACAGGGAACGAGCAGCUACUAAAGCAAGGGCUUGAAAUAAAUGAUCGCCUGCAGAAUGUACUGUCAAAAUAUGAUGCCAUCGCUUCUGGUACUCAUUUGGCAGUUGAAGCUCCUGUGAGAGAGGCAGCUGAGUCUCCUCAGGAGGAUCCAUCAUCAAAACCAUCUGCACCUCCCAUUGAACAAAAUGUCAUUCUCAAUAACGAGGAGGAUGAGUUUGCUCGGCUGGCACAAAGAAAAAACAAAUCUGUCAUAAGUAGCGAUGAGACAUCAUCAAGUGCUGAGGACCUUGCCCUUGUACCUAUUGAUAUGGCAAGUUCAGAAUCGGCAUCUUCUGUCGCAAGCAAUGCAUUGGUUCCUCUUGACCCAGUUCCUGUCAGUAAUACUCAAACAAAAGAGCAGGAUAUGAUCGACCUUUUAAGCCUCACCUUGUGCAGCCCUACUGAUGAAACUUGUGCAGACUCGUCAGCAUGGAAUGGAAAUGAGUUUCAUCAACCCACAGUUACAGAUGGGCAGCAUAACUAUACUGGUGUGCCUCAAUAUCCGUCGAACAACCAGCCAUACUCAGUAAACGAGGGAUAUACUCCACAGAAUAGCAACUAUGUUGCACCUUGGGCACAAAGUAGAGCAUAUCCAUCUCAACCCCCAGUAUAUGCAACCGGCUAUCCAGUGCCGCCAUGGGCUACACCUUCAACUGUCAAUUCUAAUCCUUUCCAGCCGCCUGCUUACCAAGAACAAGUCCCUCUUGUCGCUUCUGCUGUGUCAGCAGCCACCCAUGCAGCUCCCCCAACUUCAUAUACCUCCCCUUCAGCCUCCCAACCAACACAACAGUACCGUUAUGUGGGUUUGCCAACAGGCGAUGGCCUAACCAUGCCUCAAACUCAGAUGAUUGGUAAUCAACAACCGAAGGAUUCUUCAGCAGCUGCAAGCAAACCUUACUACAUACUUGAUAAUUUAUUCAGUGAUUUGAUUGACUUGAAGAGUUCGGGUGGUGGAAAUAUCGGUAGUUCAAAUGGUGGCCGGUCUAUGAUUGAUGAAAAAAAAAUUAAGUUUCUCUAAAUGUUAGUGGUGACCAGGGUUCGGUUCUCUUGUGGUUGUUUACUUGAUUUAAUGUACAUUUGUUGUACAUCUCCAUUCCCUCUUUUACAUGUUUGAAUACAUUGGUUAAUUACACUGGGUACUGCCUUUUUCAGUUAAGUAGAGAAAUCAGAACGUUGUUAACGUACAUGAAUGAUUAAUUACAUUGCUCUCGA